AUGGCCGCGAAUAAGGGAAAUUGCAAGCAAGUGCGGAUCGAAGAAUGUCUCCCCAGCGGGCGCCGCUGGGCAAUGAGUGGGGGUGGCGGCGCGGCGGCGGCGGCACUCGAAAGCGGAUAUGCGGGGCUAGAAACUGAGGAUGAGGCGGCGGCGGCCAUGGCGCUGGCGCCGAGCAAAGAAGGUGGCGGAGAUGAGGAGCAGGAGGGUGGCUUCACCAUCGAUAUCAAGAGCUUUCUCAAACCUGGAGAGAAGAGCUACACUCAGCGCUGCCGGCUGUUCGUGGGGAAUCUGCCUACGGAUAUCACCGAGGAGGAUUUCAAGCGCCUCUUCGAGCGCUACGGGGAGCCCAGCGAGGUCUUCAUCAAUCGGGACCGUGGCUUCGGCUUCAUCCGCCUGGAAUCUAGGACCCUGGCUGAAAUAGCGAAGGCAGAACUUGAUGGUACUAUUUUGAAGAGCAGACCACUUCGAAUUCGAUUUGCUACACACGGAGCUGCCUUAACUGUCAAGAAUCUUUCACCUGUGGUUUCUAAUGAGCUGCUGGAACAAGCAUUCUCUCAAUUCGGGCCAGUGGAAAGAGCGGUGGUUGUAGUAGAUGAUCGUGGCAGAGCUACAGGAAAAGGUUUCGUAGAGUUUGCAGCAAAACCUCCAGCACGAAAAGCUCUAGAAAGAUGCAGUGAUGGGGCAUUCUUGCUAACAACAACACCUCGACCUGUUGUUGUAGAACCAAUGGAGCAAUUUGAUGAUGAAGAUGGACUCCCAGAGAAGCUAAUGCAAAAAACACAACAGUACCACAAGGAAAGAGAACAACCUCCACGUUUUGCUCAGCCUGGAACGUUUGAGUUUGAGUAUGCUUCACGGUGGAAGGCUCUUGAUGAGAUGGAAAAGCAACAGCGUGAGCAGGUCGACAGGAACAUUAGAGAAGCCAAAGAGAAACUAGAGGCAGAAAUGGAAGCAGCUAGGCAUGAGCAUCAGUUAAUGCUGAUGAGGCAAGAUCUCAUGCGUCGUCAGGAAGAAUUGAGGCGUUUGGAAGAACUUCGAAAUCAAGAACUUCAAAAACGCAAGCAGAUACAAUUGAGACAUGAAGAAGAACACAGACGUCGUGAAGAAGAGAUGCUACGUCAGAGGGAACAGGAGGAAUUACGACGUCAGCAGGAAGGAGGAUUUAAGCCAAAUUUCAUGGACAAUAGAGAACAGGAAAUGAGAAUGGGUGAUAUGGGUCCUCGUGGAGCAAUUAACAUGGGAGAUGCGUUUAGCCCAGCACCUGCUGGUAACCAAGGCCCUCCUCCAAUGAUGGGUAUGAAUAUGAACAACAGAGGAACUUUACCUGGCCCUGCAAUGGGUCCUGGUCCUUCCAUGGGACCAGAAGGAGCUGCAAAUAUGGGAACACCAAUGAUGCCAGAUAAUGGAACUGUGCAUAAUGAGAGAUUCCCUCAAGGAGGUCCAUCACAGAUGGGUUCACCUCUGGUUAGUAGGACGGGCUCUGAAACUCCUCAGCCGCCAAUGAGUGGUGUAGGUGCCGUCAGUGGUGGACCUGGUGGCUUUGGUAGAGGAAACCCGGGGGGCAACUUUGAAGGACCUAACAAGCGUCGCAGAUACUAAAUCUGAAUUCAUUCCUUACUGUUUUAGAAAUUCCAGUAAAACUAUACAGUAUAUGCCUUUAUAAUUUUAGCUGUUAUCUGGAAACGGUUCUAUUGUUAUUGUAGUCUUUAAAACAGUUUCUUUUGUAAAACUUUUUUUUGUAUUCAGUCAUAGGCUUUGUAGUAUAGAGCAGAAAUGAUGCGGAUCAUUAUGUAAGGCAAUGUGUUUGUGAGUAGCAAAAUACGAUGUGUGACUAUGCUGUAAAACGUGCAGUUAUCUGAUAACAAUAAAAAAAUCACUGGAAAGUAUUUUGAGAAUGUUAUUACUAAUACUGAGUGAGAAUAAUUUUAUGCUUAAUUAUAAGUGGCAUCAUUUUCAUUCUUACGUAGUUCCUACUGUGUGUCAAAAAAGUUCCAUUCUUAAUAGUGAAUCUGUUUAGCUAAACUGCGUGGUGCAGUACCUACUAUGAAAAACUUAUAACACAGCUGCUUUUGUUUUGACUUUGGAAGAGCAUAAAAUUUUAUACCAAGUGUUCUCAAGGCUACUGUGUCCUUGCAUCUCAGUGUACCAUUGCAAACUUAGUCACAAUAGGUUUAUCAACAGAGUAUAUCUGUUAAACACAUUUUUAGAAAAUUUAACCUGGGAAAGAAAAAACUUUGGAAAGGAAUCUGUAUGUAUGCUUUACUCAUAACAAAUGAAUGAAUUUGCCUAAACCAUACUUAUGCAGAAGAAAAUUUGUUGUGACAUCUGUGUUCUGGUGAUGGUUAAAGUAUCUUGCCAUUGUGAGGAAGGAGACAUUUCUGCAAGCUGGUUUGAAGCCUUGCACUGUGUAGUGCAUCAUUAUUAAAAAGUAUACAUUUUCCCCAGAAGUUGUUUUGAAUAGAAACACAUCUGUUAUCAAUGUGUAACUAUUUAAUAAGGAAGCAAAUAUAUGUUUUCUAGUGAAAAUAAGUGUUCGUUUAUAGUUGAGUAAUAUGCAUUUAGAAGGAUUGCACUAGUGUUCUUCAUAAAGGUUUUACAGAAUGACGAAUUUGAAAAAUACCCAACUCAGGAUAGACUUGCUGAUUGAGCUGUAAGAUAAAACUGAUGGUAAAGCUGUUAGGAAGCUUACUGUGAUUCUGAUUUUGUCAGUCAUGGAAGAUGAUGGAAAAGACCUAUUGGUUCUAUUCCUGUAAUGGCAAAUAAGUAGGGAUGUAAGAACUGUUUUUAUCAGUUCGCUCACAUUUUCAGAGAUAGAAAUGACUUAAUUUUAUCUGCAUGAAUACUGAUACUAAAUUGAUUAAAAACUGAUUUGAGAUAACCUGGUGCCCUAAUUAUAUCAAAACGGUAUAUACACAGCUGAACAUGGAAUGCACAUAGCAGAGAGGGCAUGUAUGUGUUACUUGUUAAUGUAGCAGCAAUAGUCUUGGUGGCUUUAAUAUUGAGCAAAUGGGUAACAAGAAAAUUGCAGCAUUGCUGGAAUUUUAGGAGUACCCUGUUACUUAAAUUGCCAGUGUGAUAGGACUUAAGAUAGCUAUCGUUUUCAUAGAAUGCAGGAGCUAUAUGUAGGUCCUUACUUGUGAUAUCUAUAACUAAUAAGUGUUUUGCUCUAGACUGUCUUUAGUGUUACCAUUUUUUGCUUGAUUUGAGAUACAUGCUACACUUCAUAGUUUGUAAUACAACAGCAAAUUAUGCUCAGAGUGUGAAAUACUCUUUCCCCUACUUGAUCUAUGUAUCACAUUAUGGCAGUCAUUCUUAAAAUAAACCACAACCAAAACUGCAACUGGUUUUGCUUAGCAAGCUAGUCCUAAAACUCAACUUUUGGAAAAUUUCUGUUUUUUCACUAGUGUAAACCAGUGUUUGCAUGUAGCAACUACUUAAGCUCUCUGCUUUGGUAUCCUGCAUUCAGUUGAAAAUGCAGUUUACAUUGAUGUCAAGUAAGGUUUCUAAAUAUGAGAUUACUUUUUUCUCAUCUUUCUGGCCAUGUCCAUGACAUUUUUUAGGGGAUUGAGAAAGCAUCGGUGUGAAUUGGUAGUUCUAAACUGUAAAGCUGUACAAGGAACAUGUUUUAAAUAUAACUUGACUAGAUUCAAGAGAUUUGUUCUUUUUUUUUUUUUUAAUGCAAAAGACUGUGUCAUUCAGGCCUUUUAGCUAACUUCUGUGUAUUUGUUUAUGAUAUAUAACCUCCUCCUUGUAGUGUCUUGAGUAUGUUUCAGAAAUACAUUAAACAUACCAAAUCUGCAAAAGUGGUUCAUUCUUUCCUUGCAGCUUCAUACUAUUUUAAAUGCAUGUUUAUUGCACUGCAUUUUUGCUAGCAAGUGGAGGUAUGUAUGUGUUUGAAAGUUACUGUACAUUUUAAUUAAUAUUAAUGGUUCCACAGUUGUGAGCUACCCUUCCUGUAAACCUCUGCAUGGUAGCAGUGGAUUUGUCAUCUGUCCUUACUGCAUGAAAUCAUCUAAUCUCUUACUUAUCCUUGAACCAAGUGCUAACAAAUAAAUACUGAAGUGUUGACUUUGGGCACACUAAAGAUUUCAUGAAGAAUGCCUUUUGUAGCUGAUGACACACUGCCAAAUUCAGCUCUUAAUAAAAGCUUUCUUAGGACUGCCUGGCUGUGUUGAUUGCACACAGCUCAACUCUCAAGGGAGGGCUUCUUGUUUUGCUGAAUGUGCUAGUAACUGAUUCUAGCUAUACAAUAAACACCUAAUUUCCUUAAAAAAGGAAUGGUCUCAGUUUGUUUCCUGAGCAGUGUUGUUUCUUAAAGGUUCUGCCUUUGCACUGAAGUGAUUGAUUUUUCUUGCUUCUCAUCUGGCUGAUGGGUUUAUAAUUUUUUCUGUGUACACAUGUACUUAAGUUGAGUACCUUUGCUCUGUUUGAGUAGAAAGCACAGUGGAGUCCUGACUCUCUUUGCUGUGUGCUGUGCUAAAACAAAUAGGUUUGGAAUGGAUAUGAAAUUGAUAACUACAACACACUUGCUUUUGUAACGUACUUACUGAGCUUUUACAUUAUUCCUGAAAUUUCCAUCUAAACUGCUUAAUUUUCAUGUGGGAUACAAUUUUAAUACUGAAAAAUAACAAAGCUUUAUGAUUCCAUUUAAGUUAAAGAAAACAUGUCGCAACCAGACUCUGGCUUGUCUAACUGCAUUUGCAUUUGUCACUGCAGUCAUUUGAAAGGGAGCUAUUGGGCACUUAAGAAAUAAAAAAUUCAUUUUGGUUUUGAGUUACUAUCUUCGUAGUUCUGUCCAGUGUGCUCAUUAGAUAGAGCAUGUUGAUAUCUUAGGAAACUUUGUGGUGAUUCAAAUAUACUUUACUGUAUUUAUUUCCUAAGAAAAAUACCAAUUACUAUGGAUUACCUAGAAAGAAAAUUUCUGUCCUUAGUGUUUCGUUUAUUGUCCAUUUAUAUUUUACCCAGUUGUACAUAAAGACACUUAUAAACUGGAGAUUCGUACUGGAAAAGAAGGCAAGAAAACUAUGAACUAAAUAUUGCAUUAAUUUAAUUCUAACCAUAAUCCGUUAGGAUUUUAUAGCAUGCCACCUUUGAGGAGCAUUCUGAUCUAAAAUAUCUUGUCAUAUUUUAAAAUGUUAUACCAAAAUAAUUUUCUCCCUUUUCCACUUUUGAUGUCAGGUGUAGAAUAAUCUUUAAUUGCAAAUCUUUGAAAACGCAGUGACAUUGUGACCGUUUAGCAGUGUGUAGUUCAAUUUGCCUUGAGAUAACUUGGCUCAAAAAUGCUGAAAUAACCCAUCUAAAGGCAGAUUCUCAAGUGAAAACUAAAACCCAUUAGGCCUUUUAAAAAGAAAAAAAUGUGCUUGGAGGUGAGAUGUUCAGCAGAUGAGUGGUGUGCUCUGAUGGCAUGAAGUUCGUUUUACUUAAGCAUGUUGCAGAAACUAAUUUUUUUCAUACUUUAUAUAUAUUUAUAACAAGUUGGAUCAUAAUUUUUUCCUUCACAAGUCAAAAUAAACUGUAAUUGAACUAUUUAAAUGGCAAGGAAAGCUGGGUAGUGACUGGAGUCAGAUUACCUUGAAGACAAAUGUGAAGGGAUUAUUCUAAAUCCCAUUCCCAAGACUCGAAGUGGUGCAUAUCCAUAGGUGGUUUUAAAGUCUGCAUCCAGCAUCUUUUGUUAAGCUUGUGCUUGUGCCCAAGGCUGGGGGACUUUAGAGAGCACAUACUUCAAAUGAAAUUUGUCUUCUCAGGAGCCCUGAAAUUAUUAAUAUUGGCACUGUGCUGUCAUUCAGAUGCAAAAUUAUCUUGGGAUUUGGUGCUUUCUUUGGACUGUUAGCUCGCUUCUGUAGCAUGAGGGAAUAUCCGUCCAAACUUCCCUGAUUCAUGAACAGUAAGGAGGGAGUGAGUGUGAUCUGUGGGAAAUGGAGAGGCUGGACGUUACUAUUCCAGAUGAUUCCAUUCAGUGCUAAUUUAGUGGAAAAUGUUGGACUGUAGUAACCCAAAAGUAUUUGCUUUCUUAAAAAUUCACGUAUUGAACUGUGAGGACUUAAUAACAACAGGGGUCGACUAAAAAGUAGAAAUACCCAAUGUUAGGUAUAAUUUUCCCCAUUGAAUUGGGGUUUUAUUGCCUUUUGGGAUAUACUGCGAAAUAGUCUUAGUAGGUAGUCUCACUAGUUUGGUGUUUUGUUGAUAGUUUUGUGGUUUUCCCCAUAAAGUAUUUUUUAAAAAUCAUAGUUGUAGGCAUUUCAGGUGUGUUUUCACAGUACUCCAUAGAAUACUGAAGUUUAUAAAAAUUAAGUUAUCUAUGUCUAAAAUGUUACUUGUAGAAUAGAUAAAACAGAACAUUUUCAUGAAAACAGUACUUUUGAUGAUUUUAAAUGCAUGGAAACAAACCCUUAAUUGUUCACUUUUAGUGGGAUAGAUUUAAUAGGUCUUUUCCAUCUUUAACUUCCUUAAAAUACUAUGAAAAUUUAUAUAAGAUUGUAAUUUGGAGGUAUUCUUAUUAAUGACCUCAACCUGACUCUUAAAAGCAAUGAGAGAUGGGUUUCUUCAGAAAAGAGUUUGGAACAGCAACCAUUUUUCCCUAAUUAAAGGAACUACUCAAAAAAGUUUAAAUUCAGAGAUGAGCGUAGCGUACUUGCAGGUAAAACCAUUAGAAGAACCCCUGCUUUCAUAUAACAAUUAUUAUAUACCCAAAUCACAUUAAAAGAAAAAACCCAAUUUUGUAAAUGCAAGUAAAAACUUAACUGAUUUGUAUGUGGUCCCUCGAGUAGAGAACAAAAUGCUCAUAAUGAGAGGUAUGGGAUUCAAAAGGAACUUGACUGUGUUACUACAUACAUGUGUUGAUAAGGUUUUUCCAUUUGUUUUGGUAAAUGGUUUGUCUAGCGUUUCCAUUGUUCCUAGUUUUACUAGUGUGCUUUUUUAUCUCAAUUUCUGUAGAGUAAAGCAUAGCUGUAUAAUUUGAUUGAAUUUACAUGCUAAUUGUAUGUGGGACAUUAAGUGCUUGACUUAAAAGAAUUGCAGUGAGAAUAAAGAUACUGUUCUUGCCUUUAAGUGAAAAAACCUGUGUAGAUCCUGGAACAGGAAUAAGUGUGAAGGGUCCUGUAUGUAAAUUGAAAAAAAAAAUGGGAGAGAGGGAAUAAAGUAAUGUAAUAAAAUGGGA